AUGCGUUUACGAGACCUCUCGCCCUCCGCGGCGCUCCUAGCGACACUCCUCGCGGCCCCAGAACUAUCAACCGCCUUCUACCUCCCAGGUGUUGCACCAACCUCAUACAAAGAAGGAGACAAAGUGCCACUGAACGUAAAUCGCCUCACGCCAGUCGGGUCGGGGACAGAAGGAACUCUGCGAUCUGUUGUAUCCUUCGAUUACUACCAUCCCGCCUUUCACUUCUGCAGACCGGAGCCAGAACCGAAAUAUGUCUCUGAGAGCUUGGGAAGCAUAUUAUUUGGCGACCGGAUAAUGACUUCGCCUUUCGAUCUCAAGAUGCUACAUAACGACACGUGCGUAAUGCUAUGCGACGAUGUGAAGUUCGACCAGCCCUCGGCGCAUUUCGUCAACCGGAGGAUAGCUCAGGGGUUCGCGUUGAAUUGGCUUAUUGAUGGUUUACCGGCUGGACAGUUGAUCGAGGAUGAGGUUACGCAGACAAAAUUCUAUAGCCAAGGAUUUGCAUUGGGAUCGAAUGACGACAAGGAGAUGCACCUGAACAAUCACUACGACAUUAUUAUCGACUACCAUCAAGUGACGGAAGGGAAUUAUCGCGUGGUCGGAGUCAUUGUUCAACCGGAUUCGAGAUCGACAAAGGCGGAUGGUGAUGGAGGCGCUAUUAAUUCCCAAGGACAUUGUGGAUGGGGAAGCCCGCCUCUCACGCUGUCGGAAACUGGGGAGACAGUUACCUCUUUCACGUAUGGCAUAUACUGGAGAGAAUCGCCAACUGCUUGGGCUACGAGGUGGGAUAAAUACUUGCACGUAUUUGACCCCAAGAUUCACUGGUUCUCGCUCAUCAAUUCUGCUGUCAUUGUUGUCUUCUUGACUAUCACGGUAGUCUCGAUUCUUCUGCGGACAUUGAGAAAGGAUAUUCAGAGAUAUAACCGCUUGGACUCGAUCAAUCUAGACGACUUGUCUGGAACAUCUGCGGUUGAAGAUGGUGUACAAGAAGAUUCUGGCUGGAAACUGGUCCACGGGGAUGUUUUCCGUACCCCUAACUCACCCCUUAUUCUGAGUGUGUUCCUUGGCAAUGGUGCCCAGCUCUUCGUCAUGACUGGCUUCACCAUUGCCUUUGCACUUCUCGGAUUCCUAUCUCCCUCAAACCGUGGAUCACUAGGAACUAUUAUGGUGCUCCUCUAUACAGUUCUUGGCUUCAUCGGCGGUUACACCUCAGCACGUGUCUACAAAGCCUUCGGCGGCGAAGCCUGGAAGCUCAACAUUGCCCUAACUCCCCUCUUAGUCCCCGGAAUCGUCUUCAGCACCUUCUUCCUGCUGAACCUCUUCCUCUGGGCCAAGGAAUCCUCAGGCGCCGUCCCCUUCACAACCAUGCUCGUCAUCGUAUGCAUCUGGUUCCUUAUCUCCGUUCCCCUCUCCUUUGCAGGCUCUUGGGUCGGUUUCCGCCAACCCGCCAUCCAAGCCCCCGUCCGCACCAACCAGAUCCCGCGUCAAAUCCCCCCAAGCACAACAUACAUGCGUCCCAUCCCGUCGAUGCUCCUCGUAGGCAUCUUACCCUUUGGAGCCAUCUUCGUCGAGCUCUACUUCAUCAUGUCUUCCAUCUGGUUCAGCAAGGUCUACUACAUGUUCGGCUUCCUGUUUCUCUGCUAUGGCCUCAUGAUAAUAACGUGUGCGGCUGUCACGGUGCUCAUGGUCUAUUUCUUGCUUUGUAGUGAGAAUUAUCACUGGCACUGGAGGGCAUUCAUGACUGCCGGCGCCUCGGCAUUCUACGUCUUUGCCAAUGCGCUGAUUUAUUGGGUCACUAAAUUACAGCUCGGUGGACUAGCUGGGAGCGUGCUGUAUAUUGGAUAUAGCGCAUUGAUUUCUUUCUUGUUCUUUAUUCUCACUGGCUCCAUUGGCUUCUUCGCUAGCUGGGCAUUCGUGCAGAAGAUCUACGGAUCCAUCAAAAUCGACUAG